UCCUGCAUUUUGCCACACAAGAGUUGCAUUACAUAUAUACAUCUCCUUUUUCCUUACUAUAUUAUUCAUUCUCCUGUCUGAAUUUUCCAGAAAGCCAUCAUGGGUGUUUUGACUUUUGAGAAGGAGAUCAAGACUGCAGUUCCACAGGCCACCAUGUUCAAGGUCUUUGUCCUUGAAUCCCAUACCCUUAUCCCUAAGAUUUUGCCUAAUAUCAGCAUAGAGAUCCUCGAAGGAAAUGGAGGGCCUGGAAGCAUCAAGAAAACCAGUUUCACUGAAGGCGGUGAUACUAAGUAUAUUAAGACUAAAGUUGAAGCAUUAGACAAAGACAAUUUUACAUACAGCUAUACUAUUAUUGGAGGCGAGCCAUGGAGCGAUAACAUAGAAAAAGUUUGUUACGAGAUCAAAAUAUUGGCUUCUCCUGAUGGAGGAUCCAUUUGCAAGAGCAGCAGCAAGUACUAUCCAAAGGAGGGGUGUCAGCUCGAUGAAGAGAAAAUCAAGACCGGAGCAGAGAAGGCCUUUGGCAUGUUCAAGGCUAUUGAAACUCAUCUCUUGACAAAUCCUGACGCAUGCAACUAAAACUGUUUGUUUUCAGGAUAAAUGGUUUUCCUAUUUGUGUUUACUUUCCUUUCCUUGGAGUGUUACGUUUUGUUCUUCAGUUUGUUUUUUGUUUUUUGUUUUUUUUUGUUUUUUUUUCUUAUGUUUCACUUUGAGUGUGAAAGGCCAAACGAGUGUUAGCAUGGCAAUAAGAGUAUGUAAUAAAAUGUUACAAGUGAAUUUCUAAAUGAUAGAAAUUUCAAAAAUAAAAUUAUUAAUAAAAUAUUAAUUAUUGAUAAAAAA